AUGAGUUGCUAUUAUACAUCUAUACUGUCACAAAUGCCUCGCCAGAGUCUCCCGACUCCUCCUGUUGAGGUGGCCGGGCGUCGCGUAGUCCAGGGCGUACUGGAUCAGGUCGCUCCUGUCCUCGAUCUCCUUGGGCUCCAGCCCCAGCUCGACCCUCUCCUCGUUGAAGCGCCUCUGCACGGCCUCGGUCUGCAUGAGCAGCCAGCGCAGGUUCCAGCCGCCCGGGCCGAGCUCCUUUAUGCGGGCGGGCUUGCUCUUGAGCAGGUAGUUCUCCAGCCCGCCCUCGCGCUUGAUGGUCUUGAGGACGCGCAUGGUCAGGCGGGUCUUGAUGUUGGCGCCGAUGGCCGGGGAGAAGAAGCUCUUGACGAGGAUGUUUGGCCGCCAGAACCGCUGGGUCUUGACCUUGUGCUUCUCCGAGACGUUGUUGCCGAACUGGAUGCGGGCGGAGCCGUAAAGGCCCCGGUUCGACUGCUUGUAGACCUGGCGUUCGCCGUAGGGGUAGGGCGGGAUGACUUUGUCGGGGAGGCGGGAGGGCUUGAUCGUCUUGGUCUGGAGGGCCGAUGA